AUGACUGUCUCCACUGAGUGAUACAUUAUGACGAGAACGUACACAACAUAGUGCAACUUGAGAUCUAGACAAGACACAGCACAAGUACUAGAGCACCGACCAUGGCCGGCAUCUUGGGCGCUUUGCAUUGGUGGGACGAGUGGCAGCUGCGCGUCCUGGUCCUCGGCAGCCUCGGCGUGCAGUGGUUCCUCCUCUUCGCCGCCCCGAUGCGCAAGUACACCAUCCCUCGCUGGUUCAGGACCUUCAUCUGGCUGGCCUACAUCGGCAGCGACGCCCUGGCCAUCUACGCGCUCGCCACCCUCUUCAACCGCCACGCCAGCAGCAGCAGCUGCGGCAAUGGCGGCGACUGGUCGAGGGCCCUGGAGGUGCUGUGGGCUCCCGUCCUCCUCAUCCACCUCGGCGGGCAGGAGGAGAUCACCGCCUACAACAUCGAGGACAACGAGCUGUGGACGCGCCACACCGUGACGCUGGUGUCGCAGGUCGCCGUCGCCGUCUACGCCUUCUGCAAGUCGUGGCCCCGCUCCGGCGACCGGCGGCUGCUGGCGUCGGCGAUCCUGCUCUUCGUCGUCGGGAUCCUGAGCUUCAGCGAGAAGCCGUGGGCGCUCAGGAGGGCCAGCAUCAACCGCCUGGCCGCCGUGUCGUCCAGGCUGCACGGACGGGAGAGGAAGCCUCGCCGACGGUGGGGGCUCUUCACCAAGUUGGAAGACAAGUACGUCGGCUGGACAAGAGCGGCGGCGCAUUACUGGACGGCGACGGACAGUCAUCAUCAGGCAGCGGAUCAUCAUCAGGUUCUGUCGGACGGAGACAAAGUUCACAUGAUCCUCUCCGACAUGUCCCUGUUCGCCGCCUCCUCCGACGUCACCAAACGAGAGCUGAUGAAGCUAGACAGCAUCAGAGACGCUGAGAUGAGGCGGCAGCGCGAAGAAGGAAAGACGGCGCAAGUUGAAGUCGAAGGUGACACCGACAAGGACGACCAAGUUCUGGGGCCUCUCAGCCCCAGCGCGGAGAUGGGCUCCAAGCGCUGGCUGCGCAGCGCCUUCGGCCUCAUCUACACCAGGAUCAACGUCGCCACCACCCCGGCGUACCUGGCCUUCCACUUCCUGCUGGUCCCGGCGAUCCACGUCGCCGCCAUCUCGCUCUUCGCGGCGAGCCGCAAGCGCGGGUACAACCCCACCGACGUCAGGAUCACGUACGUCAUCCUCUUCGUCACCGCCGCGCUCGACGUGCUCGCCGAGUCCAUCCGCCAGCUGCUGUACUGGGCCAUGUCCGCGGCAGGCGUGCCGGCGCUGUGCGAGACGCUCCCCCAGUACAACCUCCUCGGCUCGGCUCGCCGGCGGACGAGGCACCCGGCCGCCGGCCGGCUGCUCAAGUGCGCCGCCCGCCUCGGCUUGGAGGAGUAUUUCGUCUGCGGGCGCGGGAACCGCCUCUACUGGAGGGUGGCGGGGUUCGUGAUGCUGGACCUGGUGCGCGCCAAGGGCCUAGACCUCGCCACCUACCGGAGCUUCACCGGCAGCAACUGGGCGCUCACCGAGGAGCUGCAGCGGCAUUGCCGCGCCAAGGUACGGCGCACCCUGCGCGAGUCCUUCGACGAGAGCGUCCUCAUCUGGCACAUCGCCACCGACAUCUGCUUCCGCCGCAGCCCUCGGCGGCGGCCGGGCGCCGGCGACCAUGAGGAGUGCACGCUGGCGAUAUCCAACUACAUGGCCCACCUGCUCAACUUCCGGCCGGACAUGCUGAUGACGGGCAGCAGGCGCCACCUGCUCACCGAAGCCCUGGAAGACCUCGAGGACAUCAUCCUAAGCAGUAGCACGGCCACGAGCAGGACGACCAAGGUAGACGACGCGGCCGUGCUGGAGGCCGUCCGGAACGCCGGCAAGUCGGAGCGGCACAAGUACCCUGUCAUCCACGACGCCUGCAAGCUCUCCGACGAGCUGAUGGAGGUGCGGCCGGAGGAGACGCGCUGGGAGCUCAUGUACCGCGCCUGGGUCGGCAUGCUCUUCUACUCCGCCAGCAUGUGCAGGGGGUAUCUGCACGCCAAGAGCCUGGGCGAGGGCGGCGAGUUCCUCUCCUUCGUCUGGCUCAUGCUCUCGCUCAAGGGGGCCAAGACAUUGGCGGACAAGCUUCAGAUGCCGGAGCCCGACGCCAAGGAGGAAUCCGAACAAGCUGCUGCUGCUGGAGAGGAGGCGACGGCGACCGCCACCGCGAUGCCGUCGACCGAUGACCUGGAUCUGGAGUCGCUGGUCGACCGACCGGGGAAAAAUCGCUGAUCCAUGAUGCAUGCAUUUUCCUGCAGCCUGCCUUGCAUUUGUUUUCAUUUCAUUUGUUUGCACAACUUACUUGGUGUCGCAUCACAGUGUCGUUACCCCAUCCGAUAUCCGAUCCAUUUGCUUAUAGAUUGAUUGCUUCGACCUUCUGCCAGUGCCAGCCAUCACUACUACAGAACAACAGAUCUUUUGAUCCUCUGCAAUUGGCUCGGCCACUAUUAGACCUGGAACCAAUAGAGGCUUUUCCUGAUCCAA